CGUCUUAAAUUGACAAAGCCCCUACUUACUGAACUCUCGCUUCAAUCUCGCCCACAAUCAACAGCUCGUCUCAAAAACCGUCCUACCUAAUUGCCUCCGCCUCUCCUCUGACCUGUCGCCAUGUCGGCUCAUGAAAUGAGCAAGCAUUUGGAGGAAACAAAAGAUUCUUCUGGAUCCGAAGACAAACUCAUUAUUGCUUUGGAUUUUGGGACGACGUAUUCUGGCAUAGCCUACUGUUUCGCGAAUGACCGUGACUGCAUUCCCAUUUCGGUAGACAACUGGCCCGGAGCGGAGAGCCUAGACGCCCCCAAGAUUCCUACUCAGAUCAGGUAUGACAAGAACGACCCCGAACAGUUCGAUUGGGGAGCCACGGUGAGCAACCGAAGUGAUGGUGUCGUUGGCGUCAAGCUUUUACUCGAUCCCACACAAGAACGACCAAGCUACCUCCGGUCGGUAAACAUCAAGAAGGAGCUCAAGAAUCUACCAAAGUCUCCAGUUCAAAUCACGGCCGACUUCAUUGGUGCCAUUUACAAGCACGGCUUGUCAGAGAUUUCGAAAAGGUUCUCCAAAGACUAUGUAGACCGAUGUAAUAAAGAACACGUUCUUUCUGUUCCUGCGGUUUGGUCGGAUGCUGCCAAAAAUGCAACGUUACAGGCAGCUGAGCUUGCUGGUCUCAGCCCUAUUCAUCUGAUCAAGGAACCAGAAGCGGCAGCCUUGUGGACUGCGAAGAAAAUGGACCGAAGGCUUGAACGAAAUGACUCAUUCGUGGUUUGUGAUGCUGGUGGUGGAACCGUCGACUUGAUCUCUUACCAAGUCGAGGCUGCGCUUCCAAGACUUCAAGUCAAAGAACUCGUCCCCGGCACAGGUGGCAUGGCCGGCUCUCUGGGCCUCAACAAACGAUUUGCCGAUGCGGUGAAUGAUCUCGUGGGGGAUGAGCAGUGGCCUGAGCUGAAGAAGAGCAAAGCCUUUUUCCUGGCAAAUAAGCAAUUUGAUCGAGAGAUCAAGAAGAGUUUCCAAGGAGGAGCCGACGAGGAAUACUUUGUCAAUUUCCCAACUGCGAAAUUGGAAGACGACACUGACAACGGCCUUGAAUCAAGCACCUGGACAAUGACUGGACACCACCUGAGGACCAUUUUUGAUCCGCUUGUUACGGAUAUUCUUAGGCUCAUCACUGACCAAGUUCAAAGAGUGAGAUUGAAGCAAAACGCCCAAAUCAUCAAGGGCAUCUUUCUUGUUGGAGGGUUCGGAGGCAAUCAGUAUCUGGUCGAGCGAGUUCGACAGGAGCAUCCCGACAUUGAAGUGUUGCAGCCGCCUGAUGCUUGGGCCGCUAUUGCAAAAGGAGCGGCCCUUUCACGGGUGCCCCGUGAAGCCAUCGUGACAAGCACGUCCUCCACACGGCAUUACGGAGUCCGGGUACGGACACCUCACGACUCAAUCCAAGACCUUGGGCAGCCCAUCAUCAUUGACCGUACUGGAAGGGCUAGGUCUGUCACCAUGACUUGGUAUAUCAACAUUGGAGACGAUCUGCUCCGCGAUAAAAGAAUCAAGUUUCAUUACACAAGAGAUUUCGAUAUAGAUUGUGGCGCAAGUGAUCUCAUAUUUGUUGACACCCUCUAUGAAUGUGCCGAGAAAACGGCACCUCGACAUCCAAACAAAGGCCGUCACUUCAAUGCCAACUGCGUCUUAACUUCAGACUUAUCCAGCGUCCCGCAAUCGAAGUUCAAGUCAAGAAUAGAUAAAGAUGGAAUUCCGUACUCGGAACUUGGAUACGACUUGGUUGUGACGUUGGAGUCUGCAGUCAUGAAGUUUUCACUGGAAAUUGGCGGUGAAUCGUUGGGAUCAGUAGACGCCAAAUAUAACUGACAGGGAAUGAUCGAAGCCAAGAAGAUGAAACUCAGAUAUCAGAUGUAGAAGCCACUGCCAUAUGGGGUAGCUUGUAUAGGGAGCAAAGUAGGGAAUAUAAACUUGUAUCAACA